AUGUCGGUGGUGAAGACGAGUAAGCAGUCGCUAACCGCUCAGGAAAAGUGGGACGCUAUACUGAGGGUGAAUGCUGGCGAGACAAAAGCCUCGGUGGCAAGGGAUAUCGGUGUUCCAGAAUCCACCCUGCGAGGAUGGUGUCGGAACGAAGACAAAAUAUCAUACCUCUGCCGAAGAUCCAGCUCUGACGUAAACGAUGCGGUUAAUGAUCACACCAUUUUCAAGAGGGCGAAAACUGAAGAUCAACCUUUAGAUCAACGUCUCAGAUCUAACGGAAAUCACUCUGCUGAACCAGGAACCAGUGUGAACACACCGCCUUCUGGAAUCAAUGAAUCAGACGCCUUCUACUGGCAGCUGGCAUAUUUUAACAUGUUGACGCAUUGGAACAUGUACUCGUAUAUGACCACGCAAGCUAGUCAACUGUUUCCUGAACCUGUCCAAGUAUCUGUCCAACAUAACGCUGAAGGUAAAUUGACCAAAUCUGAGGCCGUGGAACAUGGUGAGAAGUUCCUCCAAUGGUUGGAAACCUGCAAUGAUCCUUCAGUGACUGACGUGCAGAUUAUGCAGUUGAAAAAAUUUCUUAACAACGUCAAAUCAGGCGCUAACCGAAAGAACGAGCAUCUGCAUGCUGAAACCAAAGUGGAAACACAGUGA